CGGCACNUGUGCCAGUAAUGGAAUUCACUGACCUGUCUCUCUCUCGAGGGCUGUAUGAAGACGGGAAAGCUGAAAUCGAGACAGGCCUUCCAAUGAAGAGGAAAUGGAACAGUGAGGCCCCGAGUGUCGAUCUUCAGCUUAAAACGCCUUUGCCGUCCGACUGGGAACAGUGCCUCGAUCUUCAAUCGGGAAGAAUGUACUAUGUGAAUAGAGAGACGUCGAGAAAGAGCUGGAAUAGGCCUCUUGACAAGGGCAAGGAGAAGCUCGAGCUCAAUCUCGAGCUCAACAUGAUGUCAUCGGCCAACACGUUUGCCGGGAAAGAUGAACCGUCGUCAAAUAUGGUCUUCUCCCUCUUGUCCCAACUGUAA